AUGGCUGUUGUAGAAGAACCCAUCCUUUCGAGAUUGGACCGUAUUGAUUUCAUGGUGAGGAAGCUAGAGGAGAUGAAAGGAAGCUCGCCGAGAAGCUCGAGCCCAUCGACUCCGUCGAGUGGGACACAGCCAUCGUCACUGGAUCUGUCGUCACCGAGGAGCACAGGGAAGGUUCAGUGCCGUUCGAUGGAGCAAGUAAUGGAGGAGACUGAGAGGAAAGGAACUUUGCUGGAGAGACUAAACAAUGUGGAGGAGCAAGUUCUUAAGCUGUGCUCGCAGUUUGAGGGAGAGUUUGAAGAAGAGAGAAAGAAGGAGAUGUCGACGACGGAGAAGGAGAAGAAGACGAAGAAGAAGAAGGGAUUGAGGAAGUUCGUGGAUAAAGUUGUCGGAUCUGGAUCUUCUUCUCCGACCAAUAUCCAUUCCAAGAGCUGGCGUUGCUGA